CAUAUACUUUUCACCUUGUAUUUUAUAUAAACUCCUGUAUGUGAUUACAGGUAAAUUAUUUAUGAAACAUUGAAACCAAGUUGAUCAACUGAUUGAAUGUUAUAACUCAUCAACUUAUGUAUCUCAUACAGAAAAAUAACCAAUAUGUGAAUAUAGUCACCAACUUAAUCAGUAAGAGGGUUAAAUAUUUAUAAUGCAACAACAUUCUGUGAUAUAAACUAGUUGAUUUCUUCAUAAAAUAUGUUAUGAUGACGUCAUUGUUCAUGCGAUGCAUUAUAUAUACCCAUAGUGUAUAUAGAUGAAUUUGAACCAGAACUUCGUUUUGACUGCAUGCCUUUCUAUUUCUGAAUAAGUUUUUAAACUCCUUAGUUAGAUUAAAGUUUAGAGAAAACACUAAUAAUGAUAGUGAUACAAUGUAAUAAUAUUAACAUAUCAAAAUCAUAUUUGAUGUACCUGUAACAUUUGUGAGAAUAGUUUAGAUCGCUCGUGGUAUACAAUCCUAUUGUUAUUAAAGAAAUAACACUGAUAUUGUAAUUAAUACAAAUAUUCGAAUUACCUAGUUCAGUUUCAGAAAACCAAGUAUGCAUCAUUAUAUAAACAUGAUUACACAACUAGGUAACAACAUGUGAAACCCAUAAACUUUACCAAACAAAUCACAUAUCAAUUGCGAUGAAUAAGUUGGAAAUCGACUCACGCAGAUACCGUGUUAUCAGCAGACAUGCACUUUAACGACUACCUGUUCCGGUUGUUUUACAUAACGUUAUCUUCAUGACGUUAUUUACACAGCGACAGAUAAGCGAUACUAAACAAAUAACUACAACACUAGGCAUUCCCAUACACAUAUAGAAAUGAUGAUAACCAGAGACGACGAUAGCCGGAUCUACUCUAUACAAUGAGAAUGUGGAAACAGAAAAUAUGAAGAGGAUUGGACGAUCUUAUUUCUCAGACACAGGAUUUUGAUAAAAGCAAACAACCAACGAAACGACUUUCUAAGAUGAAGAGUUGUAAUGGAUGUCGUAAUGGCGACGUUAAUUUCUUCGUGUAUCUCGUUGUUAUCUUAUUCGGCGUGGGGUCAUGGGUAGCGGUCAAUGGUGUUUGGGUAGAAUUACCCAUCAUGGUCCCAAGUUUACCAGAAGGGUGGAAACUUCCAUCGUAUCUGACAGUAAUCAUCCAACUGGCGAACAUCGGUCCACUCCUUGUUAUGUUGGCAUAUCUGUGUUGCAAGAACAAACUGAAUGAGAAAGUCAUUGUUUAUGGCAUUCUGAUAAUCGGAGCUGUAGCAUGUGUGCUGAUGGCUUUUUUCUGGGAUCAAACAUCAACAUUAUUCGGUGAGGAGCAUAGUGUGGCUUUAUUUGUCCUUGACUUUUUCCUUUCAUUUGUUGACUGUACAUCGUCUGUGUUAUUUCUGCCAUUCAUGGCAUUAUUUCAUGUUAAGUACAUGACAGCGUUGUACAUCGGGGAAGGACUCAGUGGACUUUUGCCUAGUUUAGUAGCCCUUGGACAAGGAGUGGGCAAGAUGACUUGUCAAAAUAUAUCUGAUGUUAACCAAACAACAAACGUUUCCUAUUUUCACAUAAAACCUGUCUACCAAGAGCCUUCAUUUCCAUUCGAGUACUUUUGUUUCUUUCUGUGUGGUAUGAUGUUUGUGUGCGGUGUGGCAUUUACCUUACUUAACUAUCUUCCUUAUUGUAAAAAGGAACACGUCACGCACAAAUUUACAACUGCUAAAGAAAUGUAUGAUCUCAGUGAACAAAAUGAAUCGUCAGUGAAGGAGGCUUCCAAAAGCAUCAACCCUGCAAACUUUGCAUUCUAUCUGUUUCUCAUAACAGUGAUAAACAGUUUAACUAACGGUGUCCUAGCAGGAGUCCAGUCUUACUCUUGUAUACCGUACGGAAACGACGCCUACCACCUGACAGUAACGCUCUCCAAAAUUGCUAAUCCGGUCACGUGUUUUGUGGCCUUUCUUCUUCCGGUCGCAUCAACCAUAGUUAUAACAAUCUAUGUUACAAUAGCAACAGGGAUAUCGGCUUACAUCAUAUUGAUGGCUAGUCAAAGUCCAACUCCUUGGUUGUACGACGAUGCGGCCGGUCCACCACUAAUGAUAUCGGCCUGGGUGAUUAUGGGAUCCUUAAUGACGUUUUCUAAGUUGUCCAUCGCCUCAAUCCUUAGACAGGAAGGAAAGCGGGCCCUGAUAUGGUGUGGAGCAGUAACUCAGAUAGGCUCGCUUAUCGGUGCUGUUCUUAGCUAUGUAUUAGUGAACGUUUUGACCUUAUUUGAAAGUGCACCCGUCUGUUGAAUAUAUAUAUAUAUAUGUGUAUAUAUUGACUCUUUAAGGUGUUAUUACUAUAUUUAUUUUUAUAGAUAGUUUUUCGAUUGUGAAUAUCAAGUACAUUUUAUAUCAACCUGCAAGUACAUGUCUCAUUGUGAAUUUUGUUUCGUAGCUCCAAUAAUGAUUUAUUUAAUGCUGCCGUGCUUUAUGUUAUAUUAUUCGUCGUCUUUUAAAAUAAAGGUACAGAGUACAAAUAAAGGAACAAUGUACCAAAAGAAAUCGAUAAAAAUAGGAAUAUGAUCAUCUUUAAGAUGUUAUUAAUUAAUACCUAUAGAAACAAAAUGACUAAUACAAUAUAUUGCAUAUGUAAAAGUUUUAAUUCUACUUUUAUAGAAAAUAUGUUAAAUUCGCAACCAUUGUAUGCUUUUCAAACUGCAGACGCUUGACACUUGCAUUUACUCGGAAAAUGGGUAAAAUCAGAGGUGAUAGCUGGUGGUUGUGUAUGAUGGAGACAGACUAAUAAUAGCCUUAUAGUGAACUCAUUGAGUGUUAGAUAUGCGAGAACGAUAUGUACACAUGUGGUAUGGAAGUCUUCAUUGAAAAUGCAUCUGUGGUAAUAUCAAAAUAAACGAUUUUUAGCGGAUAAGAUCUAUGUCUGAAUUAAGAGUCGUUAUAACUUUAAAUUACUCGUUGUGUGUACUUUUUCGCGAAUCAUUCCUGUAGACGUUAUCUGCGAAUGGUACAAUUUGCUAUUAAGAUGGCGAUAUAUCAAAGAUGAUAGUAAUUAUCAAUGGCAUUGAAUUUUCACAGAAUUUGUCAUAGAAAAUUUCAAUUCGUGAGCAAGUCUUUGCGUGAAAUAAUGCAAAAAAUGAUGUCUCGCGAAAUAAGAUGAGUUACAGUAUAAAACAAAACAAAAUUGUUAUAACGAGUAAGACACGCCCAUGUUUACUGGGCUACUUUAAUACGUGUUACAUCAUUGUGUAUGGAGUCAUUCCAAGCCACCACAUUAUAUAUCUUGUUUUAUCUAUGCACAUUAAUACGAUACUCAAGCAUUUAUCCUAACAGAUAACCUAACUGAUUUAAACAGAUUUAUGCAUGAAGUGACAUCUGACAUAUUUUAAGGCACUUUGCCCGAGUAAGACCCCUGCUUUGUGUAUGCUGUACGAGUAUGUAGCAUACAAGCUACAAAGCGUACCAAGUUAACAACAGUGUGGAAGUGUUGGCCGUUCAAUUAGCAUAUCCGAUUAUACAGUCCAUAGACAGUUUGUCUUCCUCACGAUUGACUUACUACAUUGUAUAUGACCUUCAUACUGGGGUUCAGUUUUACCUUCGAUAAUCAUACAACUGAAUUAUUGUCGUUAGAAAUGAUAUCAUUUCAAGACAUAAGUCUACAAAUAUUGUAUUCUGUAUAUUAAUCAUAAGUGAGCUGCAUUGUAUUUGACUCUUGUUGAUUAAAUAUCAUAAUAAAAGAAUUUGGCAGGCUUUUUGUCGAAAGGCUU